AUGUCGACUGAUAUAAAUGAAGAGAAUGUCCUCCAGGCUAACCGCUCCCGCUUUGAUGGGAUGGCGCACCAUGGGCCAGGGGGAUACGAUGACAACCCAUUCGUGGAAAAUGUAGCAAAUCAGAUCGCGGAUGUCAUUCGAAAGGAAUACACUUUCAACGAAGAGAGUACCGUGAUGCUUGACUUUGCCU